UUGGUUCGGACUGAGGCUUUCGGGACGGCGGCGGGAAGAUGGCGGCCCCCAGGGAGCGGCUUGGAACCGUAGAGGCAGAGGGGAGCUCGGGUUGCCAGAGGAACUCGGGAGUCGAGGUGGUGGUUUCCUCCGAUCCCGCCCCGCCCGCCCCGCUGUGCCCUCACGGACCCACUCUUCUGUUUGUAAAGGUGAACCAAGGGAAAGAAGAAACACGGAGGUUUUAUGCCUGCUCAGCUUGUAGAGAUAGAAAAGAUUGUAAUUUUUUUCAAUGGGAAGAUGAAAAGUUGUCAGGAGCCAGACUGGCUGCCCGAGAAGCUCAUAACCGAAAAUGUCAGCCUCCUUUAUCCCGUUCGCAGUGUGUGGAAAGGUACUUGAAGUUUAUUGAGUUGCCCUUGUCUCAGAGGAAGUUUUGUCAAAGAUGUCAGCAGUUGCUGUUGCCAGAUGAUGAGGAAAAGCAUCGCAAGCAUCAGAUAGUGGGUGAUAUUUCUAUCACCCAGUUAAAAAGGCCCAGUCAACUCCUUUAUCCAUUGGAAAACAAGAAGACAAAUGCCCAGUAUUUGUUUGCUGAUAGGAGCUGUCUGUUUUUGGUAGACCUACUCUCUACCCUUGGGUUCAGAAGAGUACUGUGUGUCGGGACACCAAGGUUGCAUGAGCUGAUCAGGUUGAAAGCAUCAGGUGACAAGAAGUCUAACAUUAAAAGCCUUUUAUUGGAUAUUGAUUUUCGGUAUUCACAGUUUUAUAUGGAAGAUAGUUUUUGCCAUUAUAACAUGUUUAACCAUCACUUCUUUGAUGGAAAGGCUGCCCUUGAAGUAUGCAGAACAUUUUUACAGAAGGAUAAAGGUGAAGGAGUCAUUAUGGUGACAGAUCCUCCUUUUGGUGGCUUGGUUGAACCUCUGGCUGUUACAUUCAAGAAGUUAAUUGCUAUGUGGAAAGAAGGUCAAAGCCAAGAUAACAGUCACAAAGAACUACCCAUAUUCUGGAUUUUUCCCUAUUUUUUUGAAUCCCGAAUUUGUCAGUUUUUCCCGAGCUUCUGCAUGCUGGAUUACCAGGUAGAUUAUGAUAAUCAUGCACUUUAUAAACAUGGAAAGACAGGACGGAAACAGUCUCCUGUGCGUAUUUUCACCAAUAUCCCACCCAACAAAAUAAUCCUUCCUAUUGAAGAAGGGUACAGAUUUUGCCCUCUUUGUCAACGAUAUGUUUCUCUAGAGAAUCAGCACUGUGAACACUGUAAUUCUUGCACAUCCAAGGAUGGCAGGAAGUGGAAUCAUUGCUUUCUCUGCAAAAAGUGUGUAAAGCCUUCCUGGAUCCACUGUAACAUUUGCAAUCACUGUGCUCUUCCAGAUCAUUCUUGCAACGGCCCUAAAGAUGGCUGCUUUAUUUGUGGUGAAUUAGAUCAUAAACGGAGUACUUGUCCUAACAUCUUUACGUCUAAGAAAGUUAACAACACCUUGUUUUUCAGAGCUGUCAGAAAGCAGAAGCAAAGAAAGAGCAAUAAGAUGAAAAUGGAGACCACUAAAGGACAGUCCAUGAAUCAUACAACUGUUACAGGGAAGAAGAAAAGAAGAGAAAGAGCUCAUCAAUAUCUGUGCUCUUAAAUGUCCAGUGGCUUGCGAAUAAGAAAGAUUUAUAGAUUUAUUUGAUGCCAUUUUCUGAAAGUGCCUCACUGGACUUAAAUUCUGUUGCUUUCAAAGGUAUGCACCUCUCUAAGCUUGAAAGUAGGCAGGUGGUAUUUCCUGGUUUAUAGACCUCCUCACCCCCAGCAGCCCCUCUGGAGACCUGGGGAGUUGUUUCAUCCUUAGCUGGUUUGCCAGCUCUCAGUGCCUUUUUUCUCUCUUUAAAUCUCUUCCAGUCAUAUUAUUUUAGCCUCUUUUAUCUGAUAAAUGGGCAUAAAGUGUCCUUUUGCUAGAAGAAAGAAGAAAAUGAGAAUGAAAACCUGAGGUUUUGUUUACAUUGAACAUAAGAGUAUGUUAAGUUCGAUAUUUUAAAUAUUAAAGUAUUGUACAAUGGCUUAAACCCCACUUGUAAAGAGAAAUACAGUGUUUAAUUUUUUUUUAGACAGAAUCUGAAGAUGAUGGAAAGAAUUUUGACAAAGGCAGUCUAAAGAUAUAAAGAUUAUGAUUAUGGUUACAUUAUUAUUAUUAAAUAUUUAUUUUUCAAAUA